AUGAGUUCAGUAGCACCGACGGAGCGUGUGGGACAAUGCAUCGGAACAUACUAUCUUUUCCAGCAAAUUGGCCGCAUUUUAGGCCCUGUCUUCGGCCUCUCCUUGAUCCAACAGGUUUUCAAAGAUAGUCUGUGGAAAAGCCUGGGCUCUGUUCCCGAGAAGCAGCAGCUCAUCCAAAGCAUUUUGGACAAUGCGCGAUUCGCUAUUAUGCUCCCCAAGCUGACUCAGGAGGUGGUGCGCUCGAGUUACCUGACCGGAUUUCAGUUUGUCCCUCAGGACCUAUAUUCACAAGAUGGGGAUGCUUCGAAUCUCGUACUGGUCUUCGCCUGUCCUACUCCACAUAGCCAGGGCACAGAAUCAGACCCACUGUCGAAGAAAUUCACAUACCAAUCACCUCUGGCCCCUUCCACCAACAAAGAUGCUGUAGCAAGACGACGUCUACACAAUAUCCCGUUGAAAUACGCUUUCAUGGCUGGGAAAUUGCCACUGGUACUUCUAGAUUUGAAACCUUAUGAGCAUUGUCACAACCAGGGCAGAUUAAGUCCACAUCAUCUCGAUACGUUUGAGGUGCUGGGGCAACUGCACCCGUCCCAACGCCCAAACGUGACAUUUGUCCGUCGUUUCGAGGAUAUCAGGCUGCAUCCUGGCUCGAAGAUUGUUGUUCUUAAUCCCUUAGACCGUGUGGCACAUCUACCGCAUCUUGUUGACCCAGAGGUUCACUACGAGUUGCUCUCGAAGAGAGGUUUAGCUUACAGUGGACUACCGACUCCCAAAACAUUCGUGAUAGAUACUGUGCUGGGGUCGAAGGGUGACAACAGUACCGAGAUCUUAAACUGCCCCACAAAGUUGAGUGAAGAGGUCGAAUGUAUGAUCCACCUGCUUCGUCAGCGAGAGCUACCAUAUAUUGUCAAAGUCCCACAAUCUGUGGGAGGGCUGGGGACAUUGAUAGUUCGAACCGAAUCAGACAGACAGAUGGCUGAGACAGUGUUGCGGGCUGAGUUACUCAACAUGUUGCAGGAUGUCAACCCAUUCAACCGCCAUAUGUACCCAUGCAGUCUAGUGGUCCAGGAGUUCGUGCCUGGAGAUACUGUGGGCGUGUCCCUGUUCGUGACACAGCAGGGCCGGGCCAUCUUCAUCGGAUGCUCAACGCAGAAUCUAGAUAGUUCUGGGAGAUGGGCGGGAGGCCUGAUGUCGUACCCCGACCAGCCGCGGCUGGAGAAGGAAUAUGCGGACGUCAUUAGGCAGAUUGCGACAUAUUUGCAUAGUAAGGGCUACUAUGGACCCGUGGGGGCUGAUAUCAUGAAGGACCCAGCUACUGGUCGCCAUUUAGUCAUAGAUCUGAAUGUCCGUGUCACUGGGUCGUAUGCUCUUGGCUGCUUGAAGAAUCACUUCGGAAAACGAGGCUUGUCGCAGGGUUAUAUUUGUCAGUUUGGUGUCCAUUGCAGUCGGCAAAUGUAUCUGGAGCAUUUUCGAAAAGAGGUAGAGGAAGGAAGCUUGGUUCUGGCCUCGUGGACACCACAUCUUCCUGAUGGCUCUAGCCUGGCUGUUAUAUGUAUAGCAGCGCCUGAUCUGCUUCAUCUCAAGCAGUUCGUUUCUAGAGUGGAAGCGUUCGUAUUGUUGGUAAAGCCAGACGGAAACGUAUCAAGCAACUAG